CUGAAUGUGAUAACGAUUGGAGACCUUAUCCAAAAGGACCUAGAGAAGGCUUAUUUUCUUCCACAACAACCGUCGUCGUAUUCCAAAGGAUACAGAUUUCAGAAUAGCACCAAAUACCAAGUAUUUGAUUCGCCUCCUCCACCGCUAAGUUUUAACCAGACCUUGUUUCCAUUGCGUAAUCUCGCAACAACCGGUGAUAAAAUUCAAUUGGUCAUGGAAAGUGAACCACCGUCAUAUUUACAAGAACACUGGAAUAAUACGAUGCCAGAUUUUCCACUGGCAUCGGUGAAAUCUGUGGAUGAAGCGCUACUAGAUGACAUACCUAUUGUCACUUCGGCCGCGCUGCAGAGCAUUCCAGAACACAAACAAAGUAUUCAUCCCGAUCUUAUGUACAAGCUGCAACUGAAAAGCUCUAUACUCGAAAUUGGAGUACCAGUUCCUAAGCACAUGGAAGAAGACUCGAUCAGUUUUCCAUGUGUGGUUAAGGCUGAUAUGGGCUGGUGUGGUCGUGGAAGUCAGAUCGUUCGAGGCGAAGGGGAACUUACCUCCACAACAACUCAUUUCAGAGAUCUCUGCGGUUGGGAUGGAAGAAUUGUGUUCCAAGAAUUUAUUCCAGGAGUCAAAGAAGUUCCCAGCUUUCAAUUCCAUCUUAGUAAAUCUGGUGAAAUGUUCUGGGUAGGAACUACGCACGGGAAAUUUGAUGGAUUAAAAUGGAUAGCCGCUACUGUUGAUUGGAGAAAGCAAGAGGAAUACAGAGAUCUUGUGCACGAAGAAUUUACAAUCCCUAUCAAAAACUACCCUCUAAAAAACGGUUACUUUGGUCUCGUUACGUUCGAGGUUUUAUUUACAGAUCACGGAAAGUUCAUGGUUGAUUUAAAUCCACGGGUGGGUGGUGAAACAAGUCACCUUCUUCUCGCUCGGCAUAUGGCAUCGAUGUUUGGUCUGAAGCACUCCGCAAUGUUUUCUGAAAAUACGCACAAUUUCUCCGGUAAGUGGUUGGUUCAGAAGGCGAACGGUCUAAACGAAAAGAUCGAAGGGAGACUUGUUAUCUUAGCUGUUGCUGACGAGCCUCAUGGCUGUAAUUCAGACGUGUCUGUCUUUGCUCAGAGUGCCGAAGAAGUUCAAGAUAUUUUUGGAACACUCACAAGUUAA